UUCUGAUGCCACCCUGUAGUCAACAACUUCCAACUGAACAGGACAUUGAGGAGGAUAUAUAUAUUUCAUCAACGCCUCCCCCGGGUGAUUUGGAGGAUUUUGUAAUUGCCAAAGAUCAAUCGAACUCUUCUCCUCACCUGAACAGUGAUUCCGUUCUGAUGAGAUCUGAGGACGAGGCGCUUGAUUUCAGCCGAGGGGCCAGAGAAGAUAUUCAUGAGAUCCCAAACAUUAACAAGAGGCUACACUCCAUGAUUGGCGGUCCUCUGGACCUCACUUACCCGUCAGUGCCGCCAUACAGCCAGCUAAGAUUUGGCGGAGUAGAGCUUCAUCGGCCAUUGCCGAAUCCACAGGCUGUUCAGAAAUCAGCAAAAUUUACCCGGCAAGUGUCUUCAGCGAUUCUGACUGGAUCACCAGAGAUGAAGAAGAAGGAGGAGCAGGUGAUGAAGAGGAAUCUGAAGAAGGAGGAGCAGGUGAUGAAGAGGAAUCUUAAGAAGGAGAAGCAGGAUUUGAAGAAGAAGAUGAAGGAGGAGAAGCAGGAUUUGAAGAAGAAGAUCCAGGAGGAGAAGCGUGAAUUGAAGAAAAGAUCCAGGAGGAGCGACUGAAAUCGAAGCUCAAGAAAAAGAAGCCAGAGAAUCGUAAGAAGACUGAACAAAAAGUGGAAACUGAUGUUCCCAAAAGGAAG